UUGCAAAAUUUUUGCUGGCAACUAAUUUGUCCACGAUUCUAAAUUAAUAAUUUAGUUACAGUAAUCAAACUAAAAAAAUAGCAUAAAUGCCUUUAAAUUAACAGAUAAACAACGAAGGAACUAACGACAAUAAAGUAAAAUUUGCGCGGCCACUUGCAACCAAAAUAAACAACGCCCAUAGUGUGGUUGAUUUCGUUACCAGGCAGUGAUUAGCAAAAUUGAUAAAGUAGCGGGCUAAAAGUUUUUUAUUUUUAAACUAAUUUAAGUGUAAUUUCGUGCAUUUCACAAAUAUUGGUACAUACAAAAUGGACACCAGUUGGGAUAUACACGAUGACAUGAAUUUGUACAUAACGCCGGAACGUUUCGUUGUGGAACCCAAUGGCAAAGAUGAACUGCUGGUAAUUGAUCGCGUUGUGAAUACAGUACGUGUUCAAAGCAAAGGCAACCAACUAAACAACCAAGUGCCCACAAGGCGUGUAUGUGGCAUACUUGGCACCAUUCAACUACUUGGUGGUCAUUACCUAAUUGUUGCCACUCAUCGCCUUUAUGUGGGCAUGCUAAAUGGCGCCAUAAUAUGGCGUUUGGCAGGUUACGAUAUUAUACCCUACAUUCCAACUAUAACACAUUUGCGCCCCAAACAACGCGAGCAAAAUGAAACAUAUCUUAACAUGUUGCGGCAAACCCUGGACACUCGUUUCUUCUACUUUUCCUAUUGGUACGAUUUGACACACUCGCUACAGCGCUUGCACGGCAUGCCGCCGGACUUCAAGAAGAACGGUUUGUUCGAGCGUGCCGACGAGCGCUUCGUUUGGAAUGGCGCUUUACUGCGUAACUUUAAUUGUCCAGAAAUGCGCAAAUUCGCCUUGCCAAUCGUACUAGGCUUUGUUUCCAUAAAUCAAGUGCAAGUAAAUGGCCAAACGUUCUUUUGGUCAAUCAUAUCACGCCGCUCUAUACACCGCGCCGGCACACGUUUCUUCGCGCGUGGCAUUGACGAGACGGGUAAUGUAGCCAAUUUUGUGGAAACGGAACAAAUUGUCGAGUACAAUGGACAACGUAUAUCCUUUGUGCAGACGCGAGGCAGUAUGCCCUUCUUUUGGCGACAAUUACCAAACCUAAGGUAUAAACCUGAUCCGGAACUGGUGCCGGGUAAGGAUCACUUGGCGGCAUGCUUGAAACAUUUCGAAGCACAGGUGAUGCUUUACGGACGUCAAAUAGUUCUAAACCUGGUGGACCAAAAACGCGCGGAGGGCAAUUUGGAACGCGCAUUCCGCACAUUUGUUCAGCAAAUGAAUAAUCCCAAUGUACGCUAUGAAGCCUUCGACUUUCAUGCAGAAUGCAAGAAAAUGCGUUGGGAUCGCUUGCAGAUUCUGAUUGAUCGCGUGGCCCACGAGCAGGAUGAGUUCUCAGUAUUUCAUUUACGCGAAGAUGGCGGUUUGGUAUCAGCGCAAGAUGGCGUCUUUCGCACAAAUUGCGUUGAUUGCUUGGAUCGCACUAAUGUUGUGCAAAGUAUGCUAGCCAAGCGUUCCCUGAAUGCGGUCCUACAAAAGCUGGGCAUUUUGCAAGCCGGCCAAGUUGUAGAACGAGCGUCGCCCAAUUUCGAGUAUAUUUUCAAAGGGGUUUGGGCGGAUAAUGCGGAUGUGAUUUCAUUGCAAUAUUCCGGUACUGGCGCUUUGAAAACCGAUUUCACACGCACAGGAAAACGUACAAAAGCCGGUCUUAUGCAGGAUGGUGUCAAUUCAGCAACCCGUUACUAUCUCAAUAAUUUUGCUGAUGGAAGUAGACAGGAUGGUUUUGACCUAUUUCUGGGCAAGUAUGUGGUUAAACCGGACGAAGGCAAUUUACUGCCGUCACCGUUAGUGGUUACACGUACUUGGCGCUACAACACGAUACCUUCCGUUUUGCUGUUCGCCGUGGCAAUGCUCUUCAUUACCGCCAUCUUUCCGGCAGAAUUUAAUACCGAAAGCUUGCUUUUCCUUUUAUUCUGGGGCACAAUUGUUGGAGUGGGCACAACUGGCAUAUUACACUAUGGCGUGGAGUUUGUCGACUGGCCGCGUUUGCAUCCACCAAUUAAGAUCGAAGCCUAGCAAAUAUGGGAACGGCGUUAUUAUUUGCGUUUAGAUGAAAACAAUUAGUAACUCGUAAUAACGCCUCGAAUACAACCUACUUAACACCAUCUGCAGUGAACUAAGUUAAAAAUUUGUUAAAAUUUCAGCCAGUGUAUAUGCAUGUUGGCCGCAAUUAUUCGCAUUUGACACUACAGUGUUCAACUUAAAAAUUCCUUGCUUGUUUAUGCUCUAGAUUGAUGUUCUAUUUUGUUCGAAAUGCCGGUUUAAUGCUAAAAAGAAAAAAUAUUUGCCUAAAAUAAUAGUAAAAACACAAUAGUUAAUUACCUCCUGAUGACAUGAUAUCGAGCAAUUACAUUUAUAAAUGUAGGAUGAUUUUCUUAAUGGAAUGCGUACAUGUUUAAUCAAUAAAUACCCACUAUUUCAACGAA